UAAAAAGCAAUUACCAGAGAGGAGAACUCUCUCUCUCUCUCUCUCUGUGGGGGCAAUUCUAGCCGUCUUAGACUCUCUUUCCUUGAAAUUUCUAAUUCUAGGGUUAGGGUUUGUAAAUUCUUCCUCAAUCUCAGGGCCUUUCUCUCACUCGAACUCCAUUAGUGUUCCAUUUCUAUAAGUUUCAACCUACUGUAGCUAAAUUUCUGUCUCUUUUUGCGGCAUCAAACUCUUUCAUUUCUUACUUCAAUUUAAUUUCCUGAAUUUCUUGGUCAUUCUCCAAAAAAAACAAAAAAGGAAACUGGGUCUCUGAUUCUAGAUCAUUUGUUUGUGGGUAUUCUGGAAAUUCCCGUGGUCUCCUAGCACAUUAUAUUUGUCUGUCCUUUUCUUUUACGAAAAAAAACACAAAAUUUGAUUUGAAUUUUCUUGGGUUUGAACAUAAAUCAAUUUGGUUUCUCGAGAAAAUUACUGGGUCCUUGAAAAUACCCCAUUUGUCUAAAUACCUUUUCUUGGUCUGAGCUCCUAUUGAGGCUGUUGCGAUCUGAGACCCAAUACUCUGAAGCGAAAGCAAAAGAAGAAGGCCAUGCCGGUCCCAACCAUAGCUCUCUACGCGAGCCCGCCAAGCAGCGUGUGCUCCGCACCGCACCCAUGCCAGAUCAACGCGCACGCGUCGUACGAUUUCGAAUUGAGCUCUAGGCCUUCGUCUUCGGCUUCAUCGACACCAUCCACGUCGCAAAAGCCUGUAAUCGGUGGGCUCUCGUGCCUCUUCUCCUCGCCCACGGUGCGGUCUUCGUCAAACUUUCCGGGUGGCGGCUGCGGCGAGGAAUUGAGCUCUUUGUGGCACGACAGAGGUGAAGAAUUGAAGGAACUGAGCAGCUCUUAUGGCUAUUCGCCGAGCAAGUUUACUGGGUCUUGUUUAAAGAAGGAUUUGAGCCCAGUUUCGGUGUUUCAGGGGCCCAUUUCGUGUAGUAGCAGCGUGGUUGGCUCGGCUAGAAGCCUGCCGAUGAGUUUCCAAAGUGGGUUGUUUAAUGGGUUUGUAAGGAAUGCUUUGGGGUCGUGCGUAGAUUACGAUUCGCCGAGUUUCGAGCUUGGCGGCGAUGAAUUAAAGUCGGGUCUUGUGGAGGAACUGACUUUCAAUAUGGAGGUGGAGGGGAAUUCUAAGCCAUAUGUGAAAGAAUUGUUGUUGGGUGCCCAAUUGAGGCACAAAAUUUUUUGUGAUGAUUUUGUGGUUAAGGCCUUCUAUGAAGCUGAGAAAGCACACAGAGGGCAGAUGCGUGCCAGCGGCGAUCCGUAUUUGAAGCAUUGUGUGGAGACGGCGGUGCUGCUCGCGUUGAUUGGUGCUAAUGCAACGGUGGUUGCUGCGGGGCUUUUGCAUGACACGCUUGAUGAUUCUUUUAUGACCUAUGACUAUAUUUUUGGGACGUUUGGAGCUGGGGUUACUGAUUUGGUCGAAGGGGUCUCCAAACUAAGUCACUUGAGUAAGCUUGCACGUGACAACAAUACAGCAAGUAAAACAGUUGAGGCUGAUCGCUUGCAUACCAUGUUUCUUGCCAUGGCCGAUGCCAGGGCUGUCCUGAUUAAAUUGGCAGAUCGGUUGCAUAAUAUGAUGACACUAGAUGCAUUGCCUCCGGCCAAGCAACAAAGGUUCGCAAAGGAGACCUUGGAGAUCUUUGUACCCUUGGCUAAUCGUUUGGGAAUCUUUACUUGGAAGGAGCAGCUAGAAAAUCUAUGUUUUAAACAUCUCUAUCCAGACCAGCACAAAGAACUGUCCUCUAAGCUGGUAGACUCAUUUGAUGAGGCGAUGAUCACUUCUGCUAUAGAGAAAUUAGAACAAGCUCUUAAGGGUAAAGCUAUUUCUUACCAUGUCUUGUCUGGGCGGCAUAAGAGCUUGUACAGCAUUUACUGCAAAAUGUUGAAAAAGAAGCUAACCAUGGAUGAAAUUCAUGACAUUCACGGGCUGCGCGUGAUUGUUGAGAAUGAGGAAGAUUGUUAUAAAGCAUUGGGGAUUGUUCACCAGUUGUGGUCUGAAGUACCUGGAAAGCUCAAGGACUACAUAAGUCGUCCCAAGUUCAAUGGGUAUCAAUCUCUGCACACGGUAGUUAUGGGUGAAGACAUGGUUCCACUUGAAGUUCAAAUUCGAACAAAGGAGAUGCAUUUGCAGGCUGAGUUUGGAUUUGCAGCUCAUUGGAGAUAUAAGGAAGGUGACUGUAAAUAUUCUUCAUUUGUGCUCCAGAUGAUUGAGUGGGCUCGAUGGGUUGUCACCUGGCAGUGUGAGACAAUGAGUCAGGACCGGUCAUCCAUUGCCUAUACUGACUCGAAAAGGCCACCCUGCACAUUCCCUUCUCAUUCUGAUGAUUGCCCCUAUUCAUAUAAGCCGCACUGUGACCAUGAUGGGCCUGUGUUUGUGAUCAUGAUUGAGAAUGACAAGAUGUCGGUACAGGAGUUUCCUGCAAACUCGACCAUAAUGGAUUUAUUGGAAAGAUCUGGACGAGGAAGUUCAAGAUGGGCUCUGUAUGGUUUCCCACUGAAGGAAGAAUUGAGGCCAAGGCUGAACCAUCAGCCGGUGAGCGAUCCCACUUUCAAGUUGAAGAUGGGGGAUGUGGUGGAGCUAACCCCGGCCAUACCUGACAAGUCUUUGACGGAGUACAGGGAGGAAAUUCAGCGUAUGUAUAACUGCGGGCGGACUGUGUCCGGCUCUGAACCCGCCGCCACCGCCAGCAGUAUGGUUGGAUGGAGAAGUUGACCUCUGUUUGAUUCUUCAUGUUAGUACUACAUACGAUUUUAGUUACAAUCAGCUAUUCUUGUAUAUAAGUCACCUCUAUAUUUGUACAGAGAGGCUGUAUCGUUCUGUUACCAACUGGGCUCAACCAAGUGCUGAAUGAUUUCUCUUCCGAACUUCCAAUCUAACUUUGCUGCAUAUCAUAUAUAUUGUGCUUUCUUUGUUGCA